AUGUUAAGUUUCCUUUUCUAUGGAACAUUGUCUGUUAAAGCUGUUGUUAUGUUCCGUCUUGUUUUUUUCCUUGUUAUCCUUGUAGCAAUUGCGUCUGGAGGCCCGAUCCACCCUCGGGAUUCAGGCAGUAGUGUAGCGGCUACGCUUAGCUCUCAAACGGGCGAUGCGACUUCACAUCCACACUACACUCAGACAACCAGACUUCAACCCCGCGCCGAUUCAUCAACAUACACGCUAGUCAACGACGCAGCUCAGGCGGCUGGCAAGACUCUUAAAGACGGCAAAUGGUACUAUUUCAUGCUUUGCCAAAUUUCGUCCGAAGGCACUUGUAUUCAUUACAUGUUUCUCGCCGGCCAAGUCAGCAUCACCACAGAAGGCGGCAAUUUCUGGGGAGAGGUGUGGCAUGUGAGAUGGGAGAAGGAACCCGACGAGAAAGAAUGGACGCUGGGCAGAUUCAACUUCGCCAGGCGUCCCAAUCAGGCGGUGUUUUGGGGAGGCAAGACAACAGAAAGCAAGGUCUCAGAGAGUAAUCUACAGAGGCUAAGCGAUAAAUGGCUUAAAAAAUACCGCUACUGUCGCGAUUCCGAGAAUGCUAGGUGCAGGGGUUAUUACUAUUAUUUAGUCUCAAAAGUGUCUAGUCGCUGGUAGACAUACCAGUGAUCCCACAUGUCACAAGUCUCGAACAGCUGGGCAACCGGACCUCGGCGGAGAUAGUACCCCAGGACACAUAAGGAUGAAUUAGGAGGAAACACUCAGACUCCCUAUAGGAUGAAACAGAUCAGGCACCAGAGGGGCACCAGCUCACCACUGGUCACCUACGGCCAACUUCC